UUCAAGUCGUGGCGGGGGCUGCAGGGUAUCGGUCCCUUCAUGAGGUUCAACUGCAUCAUUGGGCCCAACGGAUCAGGCAAAUCUAACAUAAUGGAUGCUGUUAGUUUUGUGCUGUGUGAAAAGAUAUCUAACUUGCGAGUUAAAAAUGUUCGAGAACUUAUUCAUGGAGCACAUGUUGGAAAACCGGUCUCUUCUACAGCAAGUGUAAAAAUAGUGUAUUGUGAAGAAAAUGGGGAAGAAAAAACAUUUUCAAGAGUUAUCCGUGGUAGUUGUUCAGAAUAUAUUUUUAAUGAUAAACCUGUCAGCCGAUCUGUUUACAUAUCCGAGCUUGAAAAAAUAGGCAUACUUGUCAAAGCCAGGAAUUGUCUUAUUUUUCAGGGAACAGUAGAGUCAAUUGCAAUGAAGAAACCAAAGGAAAGAACUCAACUUUUUGAACAAAUCAGUAAUUCAUGGGAACAUGCUGAAGAGUAUGAGAGAAAAAAGAAAAAAAUGCAGCAAGCGGAAGAAGAUGCACAAUUUAAUUAUAACAAGAAAAAAAAUGUUGCAGCAGAACGCAAACAAGCAAAGAUAGAGAAAGAGGAGGCAGAGCAUUACCAGAUGCUUCUCGAGGAACUGAACGAACAGAGGAUACAGCUGCAGCUUUUCCAGCUUUAUCACAAUGAAAAAAAGAUUGACUUUCUGAAAAAAAGUUUGGAUGAAAAGAACAGGGAGGCACGUCUCAAGAAAGAUUCCCUAUCUAGAGCUGAAGAUGAAUUCAGAGCCAAGAAAAAAGCGCUUGGCGUACUAAACAGAGACCAGCAACACAUAGAAAGAGAAAUGAAGACUCUAGAAGCAUCUCUGAUUCAGCAGAAGCCCCUCUAUAUAAAAGCAAAGGAAAACACUUCCUACCAAAUUAAGAAAGUAGACGUGUCUAAGAAAUCUUUAAGGGACAAGGAGAAGUACUGUGAUAAGGAAAAGCAAAACAUAAAAGAACUGGAGAUAGAAUUGUCUGAUAUUGAGAAGGCGUGGAGAGCAUUUGAGAAGAAAACUGAAGAGAAGAUGUUGCUGAGAGCAGCAGGUGUUGAGCUGGAAGAAAGUCAGUUGGAGCGCUACAAAGAGCUAAAGGAAAUAGCAAGAAAGAAAGUAGCUACACUGACCCAACAGUUAGAGAAACUUCGUUGGGAGCAAAAAGCAGAUCAAGAGAGGAUGACACUUCAUCAGAGGAAGAAAAAAGAAAUUGAGGAAAGCAUAAAACAGACUGUAGAACAGAUAGAAGAGCAUAAGAAACGAGCAGAGAAGUUGGAAGAGUAUACCAAAACAUGCACUGAAUUGUUAGCUGAGAAAAAACAGCAAGAGGAAAUGCUAACUAAGGAAAUUGAAAAUUCAACAAUACGAAUGGCUGAAGUGAAUGAAGAAUUGAACAAAAUAGUUGGUGAACUGCAGAAUGCCAAAAUUGAUUACCAUGAAGGAAGGCGUCAGCAAAUGAAAGCAGAGAUCCUGGAAAGCCUCAAAAGACUAUAUCCGGAUUCCGUGUUUGGAAGACUGCUUGACCUGUGCCAUCCUAUUCAUAAAAAAUAUCAGCUUGCUGUUACCAAAGUGUUCAGCAAAUACAUGACUGCUAUUGUUGUUGCCACCGAAAAAACAGCAAGGGAUUGCAUUCGGUUCCUAAAACAAGAAAGAGCUGAACCUGAAACUUUCCUUGCUUUGGAUUACCUUGAUGUUAAACCAAUCAAUGAAAAAUUGAGAGAGAUAAAAGGAGCAAAAAUGAUGGUAGAUGUUGUACAAACUCCAUUUCCUCCACUGAAGAAAGUGAUUCAGUUUGUGAGUGGGAAUGGCCUGGUCUGUGAAACAGUUAAAGAAGCAAGACAAAUAGCAUUUGAUGGACCAGUGAGGUUGAAAACGGUUGCCCUUGAUGGAACUUUAUUUUUGAAAUCUGGAGUGAUUUCUGGAGGAUCAAGUGAUUUAAGAUUUAAAGCUAGAUGUUGGGAUGAUAAAGAAAUGAAUAAAAUGAAAGAAAGAAGAGAUAGAUUGAUUAAUGAGUUAAAGGACUUAAUGAAGAUCAAACGUAAGGAGACUGAUUUGAAGCAGCUGCAAGCUCAAUGCCAGGGAACUCAAACGCGACUUAAAUAUUCACAGAGCGAAUUAGAACUUAUUAGAAAGAAACACCUUGCUAAUUUCUACAAGGAAAAAUCUAAACUGGAAAGUGAACUGAUAAAUAUCAACUCUCAGUAUGAUAUGCUGAAAGAAGGAGUAUUACAAAGAAAAGAAAAAAUAGAAGAAUUUCAGAAAAAAAUUAAUGAGGCUGAAGAUGCUGUUUUCCAGGAAUUCUGUGAAGAGAUUGGUAUAGAAAAUAUUCGUGUGUAUGAACAAGAACAUGUGAGGCAACAAGAGGAGAUUGAUAGGAAAAGACUGGAGUUUGAAAACCAGAAGACGAGACUAAGCAUUCAGCUUGAAUAUAGUCAUGGUCAUCUACAAAAAUUAACGAAUGCAGUCAGCAUGUUGAGGGAGACCAUCCAUAAAGAUGAAGCUGAGAUUGUCAGGCUGCAGAAGGAUGAGGAGAAGCUUCUAAAAAGGGUGAAUGAAAUUGUGGAGGAGCAGCAGCAUCUCAAGGAUAGAUUAAACGCUCAUAAAUCUGAGGUUAUAAAAACCCACAAUGAAGUUGAAGAGUUCAGAAAGGCCUUGUUAACUCUUAAUAGAGAGAGAGAGAGGCAGAGAGAGGGNNNNGCAAUAGAAACAUCUCUGGAAGAGAAAAGAUUAAGAAGACAUAAUUUGCUCCUUGAAUGCAAGGUGCAGGACUUGAAAAUAAAUCUUCUCUUUGGCUCACUGGAUGACAUCAGUGAAGUAGAGCUAAGAACUGAAAUAGAAGACACUCAGACUACAUCAAGUAUCUAUGAAAGAGAAGAGGCAAUUCAGAUAGACUACAGCAGCCUACCAGAAGACCUGAAGGAACUAGAGACCGAUAAAGAGAUUGAGAUUCAUCUAAACCAGCUUCAGCAGCUAAGAACUGAAAUAGAAGACACUCAGACUACAUCAAGUAUCUAUGAAAGAGAAGAGGCAAUUCAGAUAGACUACAGCAGCCUACCAGAAGACCUGAAGCCAGCAGUAGAGAAAUUGCAGAUUGUUCGGGACAAGUUCCAAGAAUCGAUAGAUGCUUUUGAGACCAGCAGAAAGGAGGCCAGAAUAUGCAAGCAAGAAUUUGAACAGGUGAAAAAGAGGAGAUACGAGCUUUUUAGCCAGUGUUUUGAGCAUGCCUCCAUAGCUAUUGAUCAGAUCUACAAGAAACUUUGCAGAAACAGUAGUGCUCAGGCAUUCCUUAGUCCUGAAAAUCCUGAGGAGCCUUAUCUGGAAGGCAUUGGCUUUAACUGUGUGGCUCCUGGAAAACGCUUUAUGCCAAUGGAUAGUUUGUCAGGAGGUGAAAAAUCUGUGGCAGCUCUGGCUCUUGUAUUUGCUAUACACAGUUUUCGUCCAGCACCUUUUUUUAUUUUAGACGAGAUAGAUGCUGCCCUGGAUAACACAAACAUUGAUAAAGUAUCGAGUUUCAUUAGAGACCAGGCACAUGAACAGCUUCAAAUGAUAGUUAUUUCUUUAAAGGAAGAGUUUUAUUCCAAAGCAGACGCAUUGAUUGGAGUGUGUCCAGAGCAUGAUGACUAUAUGUUCAGUCGCGUACUGACUUUGGAUCUUACUCUGUAUCCAGACCUGGAUGACCAUGAAAGGAGAGAGAAAAACAAGCACAGUUCUGGAUUGGAAUAAAACAUGGAUGAUUUCAGGGCCAUGUGAAAAUAGCAAGUCUGAGUUUGAAUGUGGUAUUAAAGAUUGACAGAGAAAUGUUUAUCUUUCAAACAAAGCAGUUUUCUAAAAUUCUGAAAGAACCGACUCGUAUUCAUUGCUACAAUUUUGUUACAAAUGAGAGCCAAAGCUUUUUAGACGUGCAUAUAUUCUGAUAAGUGAAGCCUUCUGUUCAACUGUUUCUUUAUCUGAAGGCAAACAAACACAGGUUCACAUAAUACACGCUAUUACAAGGAAUUAGACUUCAUGCAUUUUUUUUUAGAAGGAAAAAAAUAAUUUGUUUAGCCAUAGUUGCAGCAUGUUGCCAACACAUUUCAAAAAUUCUCCUCUGUGGCAGCUGCAGAUACUUCAGAUAAGGUAUUUCCUAUUCUACAGGACAAGGUAUUGCAGUCUCGCUGCUGUCGCACGUGAUUUUGGGAUGCUUAAUACCACUGUAGUGCUCCACUGCAACCUCAGGAAAAUAUUAAUUAGUUUUACCAAAGCUCAUGACACUUCUUCCCCAUAGGAGUGAUAUAACCUGGAAGAACUUCACCUUUAAAGUAUUCUAUCCCACACAAAAGUGGGAAGAACAAAACACGUGCGAGUCAGAUGCUGUACAGGUAGCAACCUUGGAGUAAAGUAUCUUAUAUUGGUUUGCAGCUGAGACUGUUCUACCACAGCUGUCCCAGUAGAGUCAGUUUUUGUUGUGAUAACUGAUACCUGUGCUUCCUCUAAGAAGCAAAGAUAACAAAGCUGGUUAAGAAUGUUGUUUCAGAGAGCUAAUCUUGCCUGUGCUUCACUUUGGUAUACGUUAAUGAGUUUUAGGGGUGUUUUGCUUCUUUCAUGUUUGUUUAAACAAUUGCAUUAUAUUCACAUACUAGCUUCCUUUACAGCACCGGACUUAAGCUUAUCCCUUGUAAUGUGUUCAUCUUACUGUGCUUGUUGUACCCAACUGAAUGACACUGGACAUCUGGUGCUACUGCAUAAGCAAGUAAUUUCAUAUGUGAACAGUAGAUAAAAUAUUCCCGAAGGAACAAGUUAAUAACAUAAACAUCUCCACUUAACAAUAGAUGAAUGUUUAUUAAAUGCUAAUGUUGCUGCCACACUUCUUUAAAUAAAGUUACUUACUCUGAACAUGCAUCAUGACUUAGUAUCGGUCCCUUACCUCAGCAUCCACUGACAGAGGUGGAAACGUGUAUAUUAGUGUGACGGAUGAAUAAAGAACAGCCUCUAGCAUUUUCCACAGAGAUCUUGAUCCAUGCCAGCCUGUUUAUUAUGAGUAUAGUUCUAUUUUUGUUUUGUUUUUUAAGCCACUCACUCACUAAGAAUACCCAGCUGAAAUAGAAAAAUACGGUAAAGAAUAGUCUGUAAAGAAAAGUAAGAGGUACAUAUUAACUGGUAUACAAAAACAGCCCGCUUGGAUUUAAAUAUUUUAUUAAGAUAGUGUAGACACCCUGCCAACUUAAUUUCACAGCUUGAACAAAAUGUGACAAUGGUCAACAGGACUGUGUUCAGUAACUAUCUUACUCCCAUUUAAAAAUAGUUCUACUGUAGAUUUAUUUUAAUUCAUGCCUAACAAAUAUGUCACUUAUAAUCUCUAGUUGUACGGUUAAUUCUUUCACCUUAUUCAGGUAACAAUUUGAACAGAGCCUUAAACAAGUCACUUUUUCAUUUAACACGAAUCAAAGGGAACAGCUGAGUUUCAGAUUCUGUCCCUUUUGAUUAUAUUUUAAUCCCUGAGGUAGCUGCAAGGCAAUGCUGUUCAUAAGAUGGCUGAAAUGUACGUAGAAGAUAGCAAUUCCUUGACUGGAGGUUGAGGGGCCCAGAGGAGGAAUUUCUGUGUACUCCUUAGUGUAGGUUAUGAAUAAAAACAAAUUGAUUACUCAUCUGCUUUUCAGAGUGCAAAAACAUGGCACUUCGGUUAGGAAAGGCUCUUGUACAAGUUGCAGUUCAGCAGUGUUUACAAAACUGAAGAACCCCCCCAGUGCUAGAUAUAAGCUGAUCCUAAGGACCAAAGGGCAGGGAUGAGAUUUUCCUAAUGUAAAUCCAAUCCCAGGCAUACGAUAGAUAAAGUGCUACAUGACUUUAGGAAAGGGCUCAAACAAUUGCAAUAAUCAGGGUCAUAAAAAAGGACAAUAUAAUAGCAAAAUCCAUCAGAUGAACGGAGCUGCAGUUUACGUCAACUUACAUUUUUCUAAGUGGAUACAUCAGCGUCAAAAACAGCAACUUCACUUAACACUUACUAAAAUACCCAAUUUAGGCUGACUAGAAAAGCAAAUUUUACAGGCUAGAAUCUUGCAGGUAAUGCUGUACUCAAUGCUAACAGAUUUAAUCUUUAAAAGAAGUGAUGUAAGGCAUAAAUACAGUUUCUCAAAAGGAGGAUAGGAGUAUGCCUACAUACAGUCUCAUUUGCUUUUGCUUUUUAACUUCAUAAAACACAGCCAAACCCUCAAGACCUGAUGCUGAGCUCCUCAGCAGCUCUGUCAUACACUAAAGUCCAAGUAUGGACUGUCGAUCCUGAAAGACACCUGGAGUAUUCUGAGACAGAAGAGUCAGUGAACAUGCACUGUUUAGACUGCUUAGCUAGAGGCAAAGUAUCUUCAGAACUUUGCCUACUUCAGGACAGCAACAAAGGCUUCCCACCCUACAAAGAAAGACAUCUAACUAUCUCAGUUGUAAUCAGUCUGGAAAGAAGCCUUCACUUCAUCGUCAGGCAUUUCAUUUUGCGUGCAUACAUACUGGUGAACAAGCAGAAAUUGCUUCUGUGGCAUGGGAGUGAAGAGUUCACAUACCUGCUGGAAGUCUGGCAGAAAGGUCAUUUGACAGCUCUAGCACGUCCUCUCCAUGCAAAACCUCAUUUAAUCAGUGUGAUCUCAGAAGGCACACCAAACAGAUCAAGUCUACAGGGGAUGGAAUUAGAGAAGCCUGACUGGGGCAGCCUCCAGAACCUUCAGGUAUGAACAUGCCAGUAUCAGAACAGGAAGGGCCCUGGACAUGCUCUCCUGCAGACACUAUGGUGAGAGGCAGCUGAUAAGAAAACUUCAGAGGAUCUCAGGUGUUGGUGUUAGCCACUGGAGCAGUAAGUCAGUCUGUCAGGGUAGUGCUGACAUUAAUUCAGUGGUAGGUGAA